AUGAACAGACACACCGACACAGUUCCUGAGCAGGCAGUGUUUGUGCUUGAGUUGGGGACCUUCAACCUUGAUGUGGAGCUGCUGAACAUCACCUUUCCCACCAUGGUGCUAACUGUUGCAGAGUGCAACGCCAGGGGCUUCAAUGUUCAGGAGCAGAGAUCCCCGGACAACACCUUGAAGACCUUCAGGAUGGAGGUGCCCUUCUCAGACUCGGUGGUCUUUAAGGAGAGAAGGGCGGAACAAGGUGUCACAACCUUCACUCUUCAGCUGAUCUAUGGCCUGGUCAUCUUUCCAGAGUACUCUCCUUUCUCUCACUCUGCCGUUGUGGACGCUGUACUGCUGGACAUUGUGCCACCCUCAGUCACUGGCAACUGUGAUCCGGAGAACUUCCACAUCACUGUGGACUACAGGAACCAAGAGCCCUUUUUUGUGGUCUUGGUUGGCAAGCGGCUGCUUAACCAUGAGUUUGCUCAACAGUAUUUAACAGAAGGCGACACAGACUUCACCAUCACGUUGCCCUUCUCUUCGCCGGACGCAGUGUUUGAGUCAGUUCACUCGUCCUCUGUCAGGAGCAGACUGGAUGUGGCUCUGUUGAAUCCUUACAACAACAUGACCAUCAAAUACUUUUCCCUGGCUUGCAGCUUCCUCAAAACGCUGACUGAGUGUUUCUCUAACGGAACGAUGACUGCGCUGGCGGUGAAGGUGGAGUCUGUUCCCGGUCUGAACCCCGGUCAGCUGACCCUGAGUGACCCCGCCUGUGGUCCCACCUACAGCGACGAUCGGUUCGCCUACUUCCACUUCACUGUGAACUCCUGUGGCACCACCAGGAAGUUUAUCAACAAUGUCAUGCUGUAUGAGAAUGAAAUCUCCUUGCCAGAUGAACUUGAGGUGAAGCUGAAUGCCACGACGUCUUCAGAGGAGGAAUAUCAGUUAAAGGUUUCCUGCUACUAUGUGGCCAACAUCACUCGCACAUUGGCCUUCCUGACCAGGCCGCGUGACAAUGAGCCUUUUGCCGAGACUGGGACGGGUCGACUAAUGGUCAGAAUGAGACUCGCUCAGGACGCCUCGUAUAACACGUUCCACCAGGAGGAGGACUAUCCAGUGGUGAGGUACCUGAGACAGCCUCUGCACUUUGAGGUGGAGCUGACCACGUCCUCUGAUCCCAAGGUAGCGCUGGUGCUUGACCACUGCUGGGCCACCCUCAACGAGGACCGCGACUCCCGACCCCGGUGGAAUCUCAUCAUUAAUGGUUAACAUGUUGUUUUUGGGCCUAAACAAGUGUUAUUCCACAGGUGUGGUUCCUGAGUAAUUAGCAACCUAUCAUGUUGGCAGGCAAUUUACUUUGGCUACCGUGGCUAUGCCCCCAUCCAUAGAUCGAGUGGUCACAAUGCUUAAAAACGAUGUGAGCCAUGUGCGGUCUGUCACCAGAUCUCCACCCAAUUUAACACUUAUGGGAGAUUCUGGCGCGUACGAUCACAUGCUUGUUAUCACUGAGUGGUCCCUGCAGCGUAUCAUUGGAACAGAACGUAUGCUGCAUCAAACGACUCAACCGCGUUGUCUGAAAAGCAUCUAAACAAUGUUUUGUACUGAUGAGAAAUAAAGGUCUUCACAACUUUA